AUGAACAGCGAAACAGAUGGUUUAACCAGCUCUGUUUCAAAUGCCUCAGACAACUAUCAAUUCAAGCAUAUUCCUAUGAAAUAUUUCCCGCCAUUUCUUAAGAAAAUUGAUGAAAAAGGCAAGACAGAGAAAUCAAUUCAUUUACCAUUCACUCAGUUAAACUUACUGAAUGGUCAUACUUAUGGUGAAUUCGUACAAGAAUUUACUCAAUUACCACAAUCUAUAGCAGAACGACAGAUUAAAACAUUUUACUUUGUUCGUCAUGCGCAAGGAAUACAUAAUGAAGCUGAAUCUAAAUUUGGAACAGACCAUUGGGAAAGUGUUGAAGCUAAAAGUGAACAAUAUUUUGAUGCAAAAUUAACUGAUUUUGGUAGGAAUCAAACAAAAUUACUAUUUGAUUCAAUUACAAAAAUGCAACAAUCUACUCCUACAUUAAAAUUUGAUUUAUUAAUAGUUUCACCUUUAACUCGUGCUAUACAAACUGCUCAAAUAGCAUUUCAACCUCUAUUUGACAAUCCUACCUUUCCAAUUUAUUCACAUGAAAUGAUUCGUGAAACUAUUGGACGUCACUAUUGUGAUAAACGUCGUAGUAUUACUGAAUUAAAACAAUUGUAUCCACGAGUAAAUUUUUCUGAGCCUGGUGCAUUUAAUUCAGAUUCUGAUAUAUUAUGGAACGCAAAUGAAAGAGAAACACAAGAACAAAUUCAAUUACGAGCAAUUAAAUUUUUAAACUGGUGUUUUGAUAGAUUUGUCGAUGAAAAACAUAUUUUAGUUACGGCACAUUGUGAAAUUAUUUCAACUUGUGCAAGAAUUCUAGGCGCAAAUGAUUCAAUGCAGGAAGAAAUUAUUGGUAACAAGGAUAAAUACGAAUUUAAAAUAGCUAAUUGUGAAUUCUUACCAAUUGUCGCUGUUAGAUAUAAGAAUAGAUUAUAA